UUUCUAAUUUCAACAUAAAAAUAUUGUAUACCUGAAAUGUUUAAAAAAUAAAUUUAGCUAAAUUUGACAGAGUUUAAAACCUAAAAGUGUCGAAAAAUGGUCAUCGAUGGUGUUAAAAACAAAUAAUUUCAAAACUCCAUUUGUAGUUUUUUUUAACUUCCCUGUUUUUCCCGCCUUUUGACACCCUUCUUAAAAACGGAGAGAAUCUUCAUUCCCACACAUCAUAAACAGGACAUUUUUGCCAUUAAGUCCUUAAUUAAAAUGGGUUAUCUUAAAGAAAUUGAAGUCGAAAACUUCAAGUCAUGGCGGGGGAAACAACUUGUGGGUCCUUUUAUGCGGUUUAAUUGUAUAAUCGGGACCAACGGCUCAGGCAAGUCCAAUGUGAUGGAUGCCCUGAGCUUCGCCAUGGGGGAGCGGGCUGCCUUUCUCCGGGUGAAGCAUCUCAGAGACCUCAUUCAUGGAGCUCACAUCGGGCAGCCGGUCAGCAACACUGCCCGAGUCUCCAUAAGGUACAGCGACGACGAGGACCAAGAGACCGUCUUCAGUAGGAGUGUACAAGGUGACUCCUCUGAGUAUCGGAUCAAUGGGAAACAUAUCAGUCUGGCCAAGUACAUCGAGGAGCUGGAGAAGAUUGGCAUUUUUACCAAAGCUCGAAACUGUCUGGUGUUCCAGGGGACAGUGGAGUCCAUAGCACUCAAGGACCCAAAGGAGAGGACCAAGAUGUUCGAGUCCAUCAGUCAGUCGAGAGAAUAUGCCGCAGAGUAUGAUCAGAAGAAAGAGGCUCUGCUGAAAGCCAAAGAGGACACGCAGUUUCACUUCAACAAGAAGAAAUCUGCCACCAUCGAGACGAAACAGGUGUCCCAGGAGAAAAUGGAGGCCCAGAAGUACCAGGCACUUGUGGAUGAACUCUACCAAAACCGCCUGCAGCUGAGUCUGGCUGAGCUGUACCAUAAUGAGAAGGGCAUCAGCGCCCUGAGCGACGCCCUGAGGGAGAAACAGCAGGCUGCAGCUGUCAAGAACAAUACGCUGGUGAAGGCGGAAAACGAAGUCAAAACAUGCAAAAAGGAACAUGGACGCCUUACCAGAGAGCAGCUGCAAAAGGAGAAGGAGACUCGUGCACAGGAACAGAUCCAGUCCCAGUGUCGCUCCCAGUACAUCAAAGCCAAGGUGAACACUUCCCAUCACUUGAAGAAAGCUGAGGAGGUCCGCACUACCCUGAAGAAGAGUCAGAGGCUCAUGGCAACUAAAGAGCAGGAGCUGGCAGAGGGGCGGCGGGAGAUUGCUGAACUGGAAAUGACCUGGAGGAGCUACGAGAUGCAGGCGCAGGAGAAGGGAGCCCCCCGGGAGAGAGACGUCCACCUUGAUGAGGAUCAGCUGGAGCAAUACAAACAGCUGAAGGAGCUGGCGACGAUGCAGGGGGCCGUCUUUAGCCAGCAGGCAGAGAAGCUGCACUGGGAGGUCAGAGCAGGCCGAGAAAAAAUGGCAUUUGAUCAACGCAGAAAGAAGGAAGUGGAGGCUGCCAUCAAGAGCAACCACACUCAGCUGGAAGAUCUGACACGCAGAGCAGAGAAGCUGGAGGAGUACAACAAAACCUGCAAGACUUCUCUUGAAGAGUACCGUCAGCAGGAGGAGAGCCUGACUGUGAAGCUGCAGCAGGGCCACCAGCGCCAAGCCGAGGUGAACCAGGAGCUGGGUCAGGUGCUGGAGGAGCUGGGAAACGCUCGUCUGGACAGUCAGGAGAGCAGACGCCAGCUGCAGCGCAAAGAGCUGCUGGAGAGGCUGCGCAGACUCUACCCUGAAACUGUGUACGGCCGUCUGUCUGACUUGUGCAGCCCCAUCCAUAAGAAAUACCAGCUGGCUGUCACGAAGGUGUUUGGCCGCUACAUGAAUGCGAUCGUUGUGGCCACAGAGAAAGUUGCCCGUGAAUGCAUCCAAUUCCUCAAGGCAGAGCGGGUUGAACCUGAGACUUUCCUCCCCAUCGACUACUUGGAGGUGAGUCCUCUGAAUGAGCGGCUGAGGGAGGUGCCUGGUGCCAAGAUGAUGGUGGACGUUGUUCAGGUGACCACUGCUGCAGGCGCUGCCCAGCUGAGGAAGGUGGUGCAGUUUGUCUGUGGCAACGCUCUGGUGUGUGAGAACAUUAGAGAGGCGAGGAGCGUGGCCUUCGACGGGGAGCAUCGCCUGAAGACGGUGUCUUUGGAUGGGACGCUGUUUUCAAAAUCAGGCAUCAUCUCAGGAGGCUCCAGUGACCUGCGAACCAAAGCUCGAUGCUGGGAGGAGAAGGAGAUGAAGCAGCUGAUUGAGAGGAAACACCAGCUGGCUGCAGAGUUACGAGAUUUGAUGAGGCUGAAGCGGAAGGAGUCAGACCUGAAGCUGAUCACCGCUCAGGCUCAGGGUGUUCAGACGCGACUCAAGUACUCCAAAACUGAGCUGGAAAACCUUCAGAAGAGAAACAUCCUGAAAUGUCAGGCGGAGAUUUCUCGUAUGGACAGCGAACUAGCAAACCUGGACUCUCAGAUCCAGAUGCAGCUGGAGAUUGUGGAGGUGAAAGAGGCAGAGAUGAAACAGAUCAGAGAGCAGAUCGACCAGCUGGAGGACUUGGUGUUUUGUGACUUCUGUGCUGAGAUCGGUGUGGACAGCAUCAGAGAGUACGAGCAGGAGCACCUGAAACAGCAGACGGAGCUCGACAAGAAGCGCCUGGAGUUUGAGAGUCAGUGCACUCGCCUGAACGCUCAGCUGGAGUAUGAACAAGAACAACUGAACCAGCAGAAGAAGAAGCUUGACAAAAUGGAGGAGAGCAUCCAACAAGCGCAGAUAGUCCUGGCCGAGAAGAGGAAGGAUGAAGAGGAGCUGCUGGCUGCAGUGGACGAGGGUCAGAACAAGCUGCUGGAUCUGAAGAACCAGCUCCUGUUAAAGAAGAAUCAGGUGUCUUCUGCCAAAACUGAGCUGGACCAGAAAACUGAGAGCCUCAAAGGAAUCAGCAGAGAGUUGACAAAGCUCCAACGGGAGGUGAUGACUGCAGAGUCCACCUUGGAGCAGAAACGUCUGGCCAGACACAACUUACUGCUGACCUGCAAAAUCCAGAGUCUGCCCAUCACCCUGCUGUCCGGGAACCUGAAUGAGAUCAGUGAGGUGCAGCUGGACACAGAAUCCGAGAGCACGUCAGGCACCAUGCACAUAUACGAGAGAGAGGCACUACUGGUCAUCGACUACUCCGACCUGGGAGCAGAUCUCAGGGGUCUGCAGGAAGAAGUUGAAGCGGAGGCCUACUUGCAGAAGAUGAAGGAGUCAGUGUCCACCAUAGAGUUAACUCUGCAUCGCACUCCUGCACCCAACCUGAAAGCUCUGGGGAAGAUGAGGGAGGUGAAGGACAAGUUACUGGGAGUGACGGAAGAGUUUGAUGUUAGCACCAGAACAGCCAGAAAAUGCAGUCAGGAGUUUGAGAAAGUGAAAGCCAGGCGCUUCCAACUCUUCAGUCAGUGCUUUGAACACGUGUCCAUCGUCAUCGAUCAGAUCUACAAACGAAUCUGCAAGAACAAAAGCGCCCAGGCCAUUCUGAGUCCAGAGAAUCCCGACGAGCCGUACCUCGGCGGCAUCAACUACAACUGUGUGGCUCCGGGGAAACGCUUCAUGGCCAUGGACAAUCUGUCCGGUGGAGAGAAAGCCAUCGCCGCUCUGGCUCUGCUGUUUUCCAUCCACAGCUUCCGCCCUGCGCCCUUUUUCAUCCUGGACGAGGUGGACGCAGCUUUGGACAACACUAACAUCGGCAAGGUGACCAGCUUCAUCCGAGAGGAGUCCAGACAGAACAUGCAGAUCAUCGUCAUCUCCCUGAAAGAAGAGUUCUUCUCAAAGGCCGACGCUCUGCUGGGAGUCUACUCAGAUUUUGAUGAAUGCAUGUUAAGCCGCAUUCUGACCCUGGACCUGAGACCGUACCCUCUCGAUGACGAGGAAGGUGAGAAACAGGCAGAAAAGGAGACGCCCAGGAGACGUGUGUGACCUGGAGAUCUACUGGAUGAAGACUUUGCAUGUGUGUUCUGCAUUCUUGUUCACUGGCGUUGUUGCUGUGAACAGAUUUUUCACCAGGAGUUCAGCAAAGUGAAUUUAAAAACAGAAAACAGUGUUGUGUUUUAUGCUGUUUUACUAAAAAGGUUUUAACUAGGUUAGUGAGUAGGUUAGUAGCUGGUUCUGUAUUUGAAAUAGAGCUAUGAAGAGUCUGAAAUACAGUUGUUACUCACGUCAGGAAAAAACUACUACUGUCUUAAAUGUUGCUAUAAAUUUUUCUGGAUGUUUUAUACAAUUUAAAAUUGUUGGUGUCUCAAUAACAUGUUUUUAUAUGUUUGUUCAAGUGAUGACUUACAUCCUGUUCAUUAAAUGUUUUACAAAAGCA